AGGCUGCGGUGGAGGCUGUGACAGAGCAGAGUCCCCGGGUGGAGAGCAUAACAUGGCCCUUCGCCACUAGCCUUGCCAUGACCACAUUUUUCACCAGCGUCCCCCCCUGGAUUCAAGAUGCAAAGCAGGAGGAGGAAGUGGGCUGGAAACUAGUGCCCAGGCCUCGGGGCCGGGAGGCGGAGAGUCAAGUGAAAUGCCAGUGUGAAAUCUCGGGGACACCCUUCUCAAAUGGGGAGAAGCUGAGGCCUCACAGCCUCCCGCACCUGGAGCAGAGGCCGUAUAGCUGCCCUCAGCAGCACUGUGGCAAGGCUUUUGCCUCCAAGUACAAGCUGUAUAGGCACAUGGCCACCCACUCAGCCCAGAAACCCCACCAGUGUGUAUAUUGUGACAAGAUGUUUCACCGCAAGGACCAUUUGCGGAACCAUCUGCAGACCCAUGACCCCAACAAAGAGGCCCUCCACUGUUCCGAGUGCGGUAAGAAUUACAAUACGAAGCUGGGCUACCGGCGCCACCUGGCCAUGCACGCCGCCAGCAGUGGUGACCUCAGCUGCAAGGUGUGCCUGCAGACCUUUGAGAGCACCCAGGCCCUGCUGGAGCACCUGAAAGCCCACUCCCGCCGGGUAGCAGGCGGGGCCAAGGAGAAGAAGCACCCCUGUGACCACUGUGACCGCCGCUUCUAUACCCGGAAGGAUGUGCGGCGGCACCUAGUGGUCCACACAGGCCGGAAGGACUUCCUGUGCCAGUACUGUGCCCAGCGGUUCGGCCGCAAGGACCACCUGACACGGCACGUCAAGAAGAGCCACUCGCAGGAGCUGCUUAAGAUCAAGACAGAGCCGGUGGACAUGCUGGGCCUGCUCAGCUGCAGCUCCACAGUCAGUGUGAAGGAAGAGCUGAGUCCUGUGCUGUGUAUGGCCUCACGGGACGUGAUGGGGGCCAAGGCCUUCCCUGGCAUGUUGCCCAUGGGCAUGUAUGGUGCCCACAUCCCGGCCAUGCCCAGCACGGGCAUGCCACACUCCCUGGUGCACAACACGCUGCCCAUGGGGAUGACCUACCCUCUGGAAUCCUCGCCCAUCUCUUCUCCUGCUCAGCUCCCUCCAAAAUAUCAGCUUGGAUCUACCUCAUACUUGCCUGAAAAAUUGCCCAAAGUGGAGGUGGAUAGUUUUCUGGCGGAGCUUCCCGGAAGCCUCUCCCUCUCAUCUGCCGAACCCCAGCCCGCCUCACCUCAGCCGGCGGCAGCUGCGGCCCUCCUCGAUGAAGCACUGCUCGCCAAGAGUCCCGCUCACCUCUCCGAGGCCCUCUGCGCUGCUAACAUGGACUUCUCCCACCUCCUGGGCUUCCUUCCACUCAACCUGCCCCCUUGCAACCCGCCCGGGGCCACUGGAGGCCUGGUCAUGGGCUACUCUCAGGCCGAGGCCCAGCCCCUGCUUACCAGUUUGCAGGCUCAGCCUCAGGAUUCCCCAGGGGCUGGUGGGCCUCUGAAUUUUGGGCCUCUGCACUCCUUGCCUCCCGUCUUCACUUCCGGCCUGAGCACCACCACCCUGCCUCGUUUCCACCAGGCAUUCCAGUAGCCCCUGAGGAAGGCCCCAGCUUGGUUAGCCCUCGGCUCCAUCAGGGAGCCUCAGACCCCCGCCAUCCUCACCCCCUGAAAGCAGCUGUGCGUUCAGAGCUGGGCUCAAAGGAAAACAUCCCAGUGUCUGUACCUGUAUGGAGCACUUGGUUUGGGGGUUCAGGCUCUAGGAUCCAUACCAAGAGGAGCUUUGGCCCCUGCCCGACCCCAUGAAAAGAUCUCAUUCCAUAGGACUAGGUAUUUUGACUCUUUUCCCCGCCUUCAACUUAAAUCGGGAGCCACACUUAGCCCUCCCCCUUUCCAGAACCCCCUUUCUCUGGAGGAGGGGAGGCCUCUUGAAGAUGGCAGAAAUGGUGAGGGUUUCCCUUCAGAUGACCUCAGAGAGAGAGCAGCCCCCCAUGCCCUGUCCCCCCGCCUGAAGCCCCUCUUCUGGGCUAACCCACAGACCCAACAGCAGUACGUUUGGUCAGGCCCUGCCUCCAAGGGGUACUUGGCUCCGUAGUCUGCCUCCACUCAGCAGGCAAGAGAUGGCCUCUGCCCUUCCCCAGCAACCUCACCCUCUGCACCAACACCUCCAUCCUCAGUCAGUGUUGUUCAGCGACGGUACCGUUUACAGUCACCUCAGACACCAUUUCACCUCCUUUGCCGAUGUGAGCUAGCUGUUGGCCUUAGAGUGAUUGCAGUGGACGUUGUUUACACACCAUGAAUCCAUUCCCACCAGUCCGGCCCACUUGGCACCAGCCCCAACCGCUUGGUCCCUGGUGUUAACUGGAGCCCUGUUUACACGGCGGAGUCGGGUCUCGCUGACUUCUCUUCACUUGAGGUCACAUUUUUUCCCCUGUGGGGAAAUAAACUGACUUUGGACUGC